AUGGGGAACUGUUGUUCCCAAGUUCAACCUCAAGAUGCAGAUCAACCUGAAGCCCAGAAAUUAGCUGUUGCAGAGAGGCCAGAUAAAGAAAACACACCAACAGAAACUCCAAAACCCGCUACCACGGCGGCAGCAGCAGCUGCGGCCUCUACAGCUCCAGCAUCGAAGAAUGGCAAGCAAUCACCUAUUGGAACAGUUUUAGGACGUCCAAUGGAAGAUGUUCGAACCCUUUACACCAUAGGCAAAGAGCUUGGUAGGGGCCAGUUUGGUGUCACCCAUUUGUGCACCUGCAAGAAGACGGGGAAACAGUUUGCAUGCAAAACAAUAGCAAAGAGGAAACUUGCGAAUAAAGAAGACGUUGAGGAUGUGAGGAGGGAAGUGCAGAUCAUGCAUCAUUUGGCUGGCCAUCCAAAUAUUGUUGAGUUGAAGGGGGCGUUUGAGGACAAACAUUCUGUCCAUUUGGUGAUGGAGUUGUGUGCCGGGGGAGAAUUGUUUGAUCGGAUCAUUGCCAAGGGCCAUUAUACGGAGAGGGCUGCAGCAUCGUUGCUUAGGACCAUCGUUCAAAUCGUUCAUACCUGCCAUUCCAUGGGUGUCAUUCAUAGAGAUCUUAAGCCUGAAAAUUUCCUACUUUUGAAUAAGGAUGAGAAUUCUCCCCUUAAAGCUACCGACUUUGGUCUUUCUGUGUUCUAUAAACAAGGUGAAGUAUUCAAAGAUAUUGUGGGAAGCGCAUAUUAUAUCGCACCUGAAGUCUUGAAGAGAAAAUAUGGACCAGAAGUUGAUAUCUGGAGUAUCGGGGUGAUGUUAUAUAUUCUUCUAAGUGGAGUUCCUCCUUUCUGGGCAGAAUCGGAACAUGGGAUUUUCAAUGCAAUCUUGCGGGGACACAUUGAUUUCACGAGUGAUCCCUGGCCUUCGAUAUCUCAUCAUGCCAAGGAUCUUGUAAAGAAGAUGUUGACUUCAGAUCCGAAACAUAGGUUGACUGCACAUCAAGUGCUUUCUCAUCCAUGGAUUGUGGAAGAUGGAGAAGCACCCGAUACACCACUUGACAAUGCUGUACUUGGCAGACUAAAACAAUUUAGGGCAAUGAAUAAGUUCAAGAAAGUUGCUCUUCGGGUUAUUGCAGGAUGCCUUUCGGAGGAAGAAAUCAUGGGACUGAAGCAAAUGUUCAAAGGCAUGGACAGCGAUAACAAUGGGACGAUAACCCUUGAGGAACUGAAACUAGGACUAUCCAAGCAAGGGACAAGAUUAUCCGAAUCUGAAGUCAAACAAUUGAUGGAAGCUGCUGAUGCAGAUGGAAAUGGAACCAUAGAUUAUGAAGAGUUCAUAACAGCAACAAUGCAUAUGAACCGAAUGGAUAAAGAAGAUCAUCUGUACACUGCAUUCCAGUACUUCGAUAAAGAUAACAGCGGGUACAUUACAAUAGAAGAACUAGAGCAGGCUCUCCGCGAAUAUGGAAUAAAUAACGAAAAGGACAUAAAAGAGAUUGUAUCUGAUGUUGACACAGAUCAUGAUGGUCGGAUCAACUAUGAUGAGUUUGUGGCAAUGAUGAGAUCAAAAGGAAGUGCAGCCACAAUGAAUCCCAGGAAACUAAGAGAAUCAUUUGUUGCGAAAUGAGU